CUGCUGCUGCAGCCGCUGCUGCUGCCUCGGCCGCUGCCGCUGGGCCACCGUCUCGCGGCGAGAGAGCAUCUCGGCCGCGCCCGGCGCCGCACAUCGCCGAGCGAGAGACCCAGUGAAGAUGGCUGGGCCACAGCCCCUGGCGCUGCAGCUGGAGCAGUUGCUGAACCCGCGACCGCGCGAGGCCGAUCCUGAGGCCGACCCGGAGGAGGCCACUGCUGCCAGAGUGAUUGACAGAUUUGAUGAAGGGGAAGAUGGAGCCGAUGUCCCAGCAGUGGGCAGCAUUAGAAAGCUGGCCUCGGCCUCCCUGUUUGACUCAGACAAAAGGUAUUCUGGCAAGACCACCUCCAGGCAAGCUUGGAAGGAAGACCAUUGGGACCAGACCCUGCCUGGUUCUUCUGACCAGGAAAUAUCUGAUGCAGAAGGGUCUGGAGCUGAAGAUUCCGAGGAGCUGGGGCUGGAGGAAUCUGAUGAGGAUGCCAGGAGUGCCACAGAGGAGGAGGAGGAGGAAGAGGAAGAGAAAGAGGACAGCGAACUCGCCCCCAGGAAGAAGAGUGGAAAGCUUGUCGGGACAGGAUCCAGCUUCAGGGCCCCACAUAUCAGUGACUUUGAGAAAUUUACUGAGGGAAUGGAUGAUCUUGGUAGCGAUGAGGAUGAGGAAGAGGAAGAGGAAGAUGAAGAGGAGGAGAGCGGCAUGGAAGAAGGGAAUGACGAUGAAGAGGUUGAGAGUGAGGAAGGCGAAGCUGAUGCCAGGAACAGUGAAGAUGACGGUGUGGUGAUGACCUUCUCCAGCGCUCAUGUGUCUGAGGAGGUGGAGAAGGGAAGAGCCGUCAGGAACCAGAUAGCACUGUGGGACCAGCUUUUGGAAGGAAGGAUCAAGCUACAGAAAGCUCUGUUAACUACCAAUCAGCUUCCUCAACCAGAUGUUUUCCCUGUUUUCAAGGACAAAGGUGGCCCAGAAUUUGCCAGCGCCCUAAAAAAUAGUCACAAGGCAUUAAAAGCAUUGUUGAGAUCAUUGGUUGAUCUUCAGGAAGAGUUGCUGUUCCAGUACCCUGACACUAGGUAUCUAGUAGAUGGAACAAAGCCCAAAGCAGAAAGUGAGGAGGAGAUUUCCAGUGAAGAUGAACAAGUAGAAGAGAAGAAGAAGCAGAGAAGGUUCCCAGCAAAGAGGAAGCUGGAGAUGGAAGAUUAUCCCAGCUUUAUGGCAAAGCGUUUUGCUGACUUUGCAGUCUAUAGAAACCGUACACUUCAGAAGUGGCACGACAAAACUAAGCUGGCUUCUGGAAAAUUGGGGAAGGGUUUUGGUGCUUUUGAACGCUCAAUCUUGACUCAGAUUGAUCAUAUUUUGAUGGACAAAGAAAGAUUACUGCGAAGGACACAGACCAAGCGCUCUAUCUACCGAGUUCUUGGCAAACCUGAUCCAGUAGCACCGCCUGUGCCAGAGAAUGUGCCAGGACAGCCGGAGGUCCUUCCUGAAGCUCCAGCCAAUGCUCACCUGAAAGACCUGGAUGAAGAAAUCUUCGAUGAUGAUGACUUUUAUCACCAGCUCCUUCGAGAACUCAUAGAACGGAAGACCAGUUCCUUGGAUCCCAACGAUCAGGUCGCCAUGGGAAGGCAGUGGCUUGCAAUCCAGAAGUUACGAAGCAAAAUUCAUAAGAAAGUCGAUAGAAAAGCCAGCAAAGGAAGGAAACUUCGGUUCCAUGUCCUUAGCAAGCUUCUGAGCUUCAUGGCACCUAUUGACCAUACUACAAUGAAUGAUGACGCCAGGACGGAGCUGUAUCGGUCUCUGUUUGGCCAGCUCAACCCUCGGGAGGAGACCCCCACAGACUGACGUUCUGCCUCGCCUACCGUGACCAGGCGGUUAGAAACCCCAGAUGACCAGCACAGCCGGAUUGACCCAGGAAGCCUGAGAGCAAGUGGCCUCACAUCCAGUGCAUCACUGCGCCUCGGGCCGCGAGAGUCCUGUGACCACCUCGAAUAAAGGAUCUGUCCCUGCCACAUGGGGGCUUGAAGCAGAGGAGUUAUUCUCGAAGCUUGGACAGGAGGACAAGCCUGCAGAGGAUUUUCCCUCUUCAUCUUUUUCCUCUAGCCCAAUGAGCAGCCUCGUCUUACACUAUAAAACUCCAUGGGAGGACAGAUUCCGGGCCAAGAGGCUGCUUUCUGAGGGGCUGAUGUUUAGUCAUUAUGGUUCCAAGGAGCACGGAAUCCCCCUCACCCCUCACUGCCACCAAGAAAAUCCCUACAGUACUGGAGAUAUUUGCCUGUC